AUGAUAUUGGAGAAAACACUGCAAAGAUCAAGGAAAGAAUGGUCACGAAAGCUAGAUGAUGCACUGUGGGCUUAUAGAACAACGUUUAAAACACCUAUCGGGAUGUCACCGUAUAGGUUGAUAUUUGGAAAAGCUUGCCAUCUGCUGGUGGAAUUAGAGCAUAAGGCCUAUUGGGCUAUGAAGACCCUCAACAUGGACUUGGAAGCUGUAGGAAAGAAAAGAUUGCUGCAUUUGAAUGAGCUGGAGCAGUUGAGAAAUGAGGCUUAUGAGAAUGCGAAGAUCUACAAGGAAAGAACGAAGAAGUGGCAUGACCGAAGCUUAGUCAAAAAGGAGUUUCAACCUGGGUAG